CUUCAGCAUGGGUCGUCUCCCUCACAACUGCAGGAAGGUAUACAUGCUGGACUUCGGACUGGCUCGUCAAUACACCAACGCCAACGGGGAGGUGCGGACGCCACGCGCUGCGGCCGGGUUCAGAGGGACAGUACGUUAUGCCUCCAUGAACGCACACAAGAACAAGGAGAUGGGGCGCCACGAUGAUCUGUGGUCCCUGUUUUACAUGAUUGUAGAAUUCGUCAAUGGACAGCUUCCUUGGAGAAAAAUUAAGGACAAGGAACAGGUGGGCCUCAUGAAGGAAAAGUACGACCACCGCCUACUUAUCAAGCAUCUCCCGUCCGACUUCAAACAGUUCCUGGAACACAUACAAAACCUUGAUUAUUACGACAAGCCAGACUACGCUAUGCUGUCUGGUUUAUUUGAGAGAUGUAUGAAGCGUCGAGGAGUGAAGGAGGCUGACCCGUUUGACUGGGAGAAGACUCCUACGGACAACUCCCUCGGCACAACCACUACUACUACGCAUGCUGUUAUCACGAAGCCGCAGCAUGUGGACAGCCGUUUGGUGUAUGGCGGUGGGGGCGUGACAGACAACAUGCUCGAUGACAAUGUCUUGGGCUCAGUGGACAACCAGGAGAACGUGGAGGCGCCCCACGACCACGACCACGACCCCAGGAGACGAAGGAGGCGAGACACCGUCCUACACCAGCCCCAGCCGAACAUCAACCAGCAACAGGUGGAGACUAAGGACCGCGUGCUGAACGAUAACAACGUCAAUGCGAACAUCAUCGUCAACAAUGAGAAGGACACGAACGAGGUGGAGAUGUCACCCAAGAAGAGAAAGGUGGAAGAGUUCACCUGCGAGAAAGAGGGAGAAGGAGGUGGGGAGAAGGAGAAGGAGGGCCGCCUCGAGUGUUCUACUGAUUGGGAUGGAGAUGCGGUCAUGGCCUCCAGACAAGGCCACACCACACCGAGAGGAGCUGGAAACGAGGAUAAUAAGAACAGAAAACCACUGGCAGUACUAAGGUUAUCAUCAGUAGAUACAGCUGUGGACGAUGUAGAUAUGAAUGUAGAACCUGCUAGCAAGAGGGAAGACCAGUACUCUGUCCAGGAUGGAAGUUACGUUAGCUUCCAGGAUGGAGGGCGGCUGGUGAGGAUGGAGCCCAGUGCAGGGGGGGUGUCUCCGGGCGGCUCCACACCCCCCACAGAGGGAGACUUCCACCCACAUGCUCGCGACCACACCCCACACCGAAGGACCCACCACAAAAGGUUCCACCCAGUUCAGCGAGCGAAGUACUUGGGUCAUCGCGAUGUGUCCAUCACCCAGUUUGCUCUGGCUGAUGAUGACAAUGUCUCCCAGCCGGCCACCAAGGGAGGGGGAGGAGGUCUUACUUUGGCCUCGCAGUGGAAAUCACAGUUUGACGACUCGGAGGAGACCGACAAUGAGCUGAAGGCGGACAACCUACAGAGCCCUGAGCACAAGCAACGCCUCACCCUGGUGUCCCCCUCGUCCCACGGCCCCGACGACACUGCCAUGACCCCCGUGCAGGACGCGGUGCCUGCGGAAAAGUCUCGGCGCGGCACUGAGCUCUCCAGAAUCAGCGAAGAUGACCGCCAUCGCUCCUCUGAUCACCACACCCACACCCAGGUCUGACCCUCCGCUAAAAAACUCAUG